GCCCAGGCUCCUCGCUGGCUCUUGCCUGGGGUUCUCAGGAGGGGAGAGUUGGGAGAGGCUUUGCUGCUGAGGAAAUUUAUUUGGUAGAUUGAAGGUUUGAACAGAGCUACAGAAACAAAACGGAAAAAAUCCACACAGGCCAAUGGUGUUCGGGAAGAGAAUAACCCCAUUGCCUUGAGUUUGUAGGUGCCACUACUACUCUGGGAAAAUGGCAGAUGACGAAGAAUAUGAGGAGGUGGUGGAGACAGUAACAGAAACCUAUGAAACUACGACAACAAAGACAUCUGACUAUGGGCAAGCAGAAACUUCCAAACCGGCACGGGCACAGCCAGUACCAGGAAAGCCGGUGGAGAGGAAGAGAAUCAUUCGAAAGAAGAUGGACUGUUCAAAGUUCAUGACCCCUUACAUUGCACACAGUCAGAAAAUGCAGGAUCUCUUCAGCACAAAUAAAUACAAGGAGAACUAUGAGAAAGCAAAAGGACAGCCAUACGCCAUCACAACUGAUACCCCAGAACUUCGCAGAAUCAAGAAAGUACAAGAUCAACUCAGUGAGGUUAAGUAUCGAAUAGAUGGCGAUGUUGCUAAAACUAUUUGUCACGUAGACGAAAAAGCAAAGGACAUUGAACAUGCAAAGAAAGUGUCGCAGCAAGUCAGUAAGGUUUUAUACAAGCAGAACUGGGAAGACACCAAGGAUAAGUACCUGCUUCCUCCUGAUGCCCCUGAACUUGUCCAGGCCAUCAAGAACACAGCCAUGUUCAGUAAGAAACUUUACACUGAAGACUGGGAAGCUGACAAAACUUUGUUUUAUCCAUAUAAUGAUAGCCCGGAGCUGAGGAGGGUUGCCCAAGCCCAGAAAGCUCUCAGUGAUAUUGCCUACAAAAAAGGUCACACUGAACAGCAAACUCAAUUCACAUCUCUGCCGGAUCCUCCAGAUAUAGAAUUUGCCAAGAAAGUGACCAAUCAAGUGAGCAAGCAAAAAUACAAGGAAGACUAUGAAAAUAAAAUCAAAGGCAAAUGGAGUGAGACACCUUGCUUUGAAGUUGCAACCGCCAGAAUGAAUACUAAUAACAUCAGCACAAGGAAAUACCAGGAAGACUUUGAGAAGAUGAAAGACCAGAUCUACUUCAUGCAGACUGAAACACCAGAGUACAAAGUGAAUAAACAAGCUGGGGUGGCAACUAGCAAGGUAAAAUACAAAGAAGACUAUGAAAAGAAUAAAGGAAAAGCAGAUUAUAAUGUACUUCCUGCUUCAGAAAACCCACUGCUCAGGCAGUUGAAGGCGGCAGGAGUUGCCCUAAGCGAUAAACUGUACAAGGAAAACUAUGAAAAGACAAAGGCAAAGAGCAUAAAUUUCUGUGAGACCCCCAAAUUUAAGCUUGAUACAGUUAUGCAGAACUUCGUUAGUGAUACUAAAUAUAAAGAUUCCUACUUAAAGAAUAUUUUGGGACAUUAUGUAGGCAGCUUGGAGGAUCCAUAUCAUACACACUGCAUGAAAGUCUCAGCUCAGAACAGUGAUAAAAACUACAAAGCACAAUAUGAAGAGGACAGAGGCAAAGGCUCCUUCCCCCAGACCAUAACUCAAGAAUAUGAAGCAAUCAAGAAACUAGAUCAGUGUAAAGAUUACACCUACAAAGUCCAUCCAGAUAAGACAAAAUUCACUCAGGUCACCGACUCUCCUGUUCUGGUGCAAGCCCAAGUCAAUUCCAAACAGCUGAGUGAUCUAAAUUACAAAGCAAAACAUGAAAAUGAAAAGUUCAAGUGCCAUAUACCUCCAGAUACUCCUGCCCUUAUCCAGCACAAAGUCAAUGCCUAUAACCUGAGUGAUAAUGCUUAUAAGUAUGACUGGGAGAAGACCAAAGCUAAGAAGUUUGACAUUAAGGUGGAUGCCAUUCCCCUGCUGGCAGCCAAAGCCAAUACCAGGAUCACUAGCGAUGUGAUGUACAAGAAAGACUAUGAGAAAAGCAAAGGAAAGAUGAUUGGAGCCCUCAGCAUUAACGAUGAUCCCAAGAUGCUGCACUCUUUGAAGACGGCCAAAAACCAGAGUGAUCGUGAAUAUCGUAAAGACUAUGAAAAGUCAAAAACUAUCUACACGACACCUCUUGAUAUGCUCCAAGUGACUCAAGCUAAGAAAUCUCAGGCAAUUGCCAGUGAUGUGGACUAUAGGCACCUCUUACACAGUUACAGCUACCCGCCGGACAGCAUUAACGUGGACCUUGCCAAGAAGGCUUAUGCACUGCAGAGUGAUGUCACAUACAAAGCUGACUACAACAGCUGGAUGAAAGGUUGCGGCUGGGUACCUUUUGGAUCCUUAGAAAUGGAAAAGGCAAAGCGAGCUUCAGACAUUCUGAAUGAGAAAAAAUAUCGCCAACAUCCAGAUACUCUCAAGUUUACUUCGAUUGAAGAUGCUCCAAUUAUAGUACAGUCUAAGAUCAACCAGGCCCAGAGGAGUGAUAUUGCCUACAAAGUCAAAGGGGAGGAAUUUAUUCACAAGUACAGUCUGCCGGGGGACGUGCCCCAGUUCAUUCAGGCUAAAGUCAACGCCUACAAUAUCAGUGAGAAUAUGUACAAAGCAGACUUGAAAGACCUGAGCAAGAAGGGAUACGACCUGAGAAACGAUGCGAUCCCCAUCAAAGCUGCCAAAGCUGCCAGGCAGGCGGCGAGUGACGUUCACUACAAAAAAGAUUAUGAAAAAGCCAAAGGGAAAAUGGUUGGCUUCCAAAGUCUCCAAGAUGAUCCUAAACUGGUUCAUUAUGUGAAUGUGGCCAAGAUACAGUCGGACCGGGAAUAUAAAAAAGACUAUGAGAAGACAAAGACCAAAUACAACACACCCCAUGAUAUGUUCAACGUUGUGGCAGCUAAGAAAGCGCAGGAUGUUGCCAGCAAUGCCAACUAUAAGCAUUUGCUUCAUCACUACACCUACCUGCCUGAUGCCAUGGACCUGGAAUUGUCGAAAAACAUGAUGCACAUACAGAGCGAUAACGUCUAUAAGGAAGACUACAACACCUGGAUGAAAGGCAUAGGCUGGAUACCUAUUGGCAGUCUGGAGGUAGAAAAAGUUAAAAAGGCAGGUGAUGCCCUGAACGAAAAGAAGUACAGGCAACAUCCAGACACCCUCAAAUUUACCAGCAUCGUGGACUCCCCAGUUAUGGUCCAGGCAAAACAGAACACACAGCAAGUCAGUGAUAUCUUAUACAAAGCUAAAGGAGAAGAUGUGAAACAUAAAUAUACGAUGGGUCCUGAUGUUCCUCAAUUUCUCCAGGCCAAGUGCAAUGCUUACAAUAUAAGUGAUGUCUGUUAUAAACAGGACUGGCAUGAUUUAAUAGCCAAGGGCAACAAUGUGCUGGGUGACGCUAUACCCAUCACUGCAGCCAAAGCAUCAAGAAACAUUGCCAGUGACUAUAAAUACAAGGAAGCUUACGAGAAGGCAAAGGGAAAGCAUGUGGGUUUUAGAAGCCUCCAGGAUGAUCCUAAGCUCGUCCACUAUAUGAAUAUGGCAAAGUUACAGUCUGAUCGUGAAUACAAGAAGAACUAUGAAAACACCAAAACCAGCUACCAUACCCCUGGGGACAUGGUUAGCAUUACAGCUGCAAAGAUGGCCCAGGAUGUUGCCACCAACAUCAACUACAAGCAGCCGAUACAUCACUACACAUACCUACCUGAUGCCCUGAGUCUUGAGCAUACCAGGAAUAUGAAUCAAAUUCAGAGUGAUAAUGUAUAUAAAGAUGAGUACAACAACUUCUUCAAGGGCGUUGGAUGGAUCCCUUUUGGUUCUCUGGAGGUUGAGAAGGCCAAGAAAGCAGGCGAUGCAUUAAAUGAGAGAAAGUACCGACAGCACCCAGAUACCAUCAAGUUCACAAGUGUGCCUGAUUCCGUGGGCAUGGUUUUGGCUCAGCACAACACAAAGCAGCUAAGUGACUUUAACUACAAGGUGGAGGGAGAGAAACGGAAGCACAAGUACACUAUGGACCCUGAUGUACCGCAGUUUAUUCAAGCCAAGGUUAAUGCCUUCAACAUCAGUGAUGCUAAUUAUAAAGCAGAUUGGAAGAAAACCCUUGCUAAGGGCUAUGAUUUGAGACCAGAUGCCAUUCCAAUUGUUGCUGCAAAAAGUUCAAGGAAUAUUGCUAGCGAUUUCAAAUAUAAGGAGGGCUAUGAGAAAGCCAAAGGCAAACAAAUUGGAUUUCUCAGUCUUCAGGAUGAUCCUAAACUGGUUCACUACAUGAAUGUAGCCAAAAUACAGUCAGAUCGUGAGUACAAAAAGGACUAUGAAGCCAGCAAGACCAACUAUCACACCCCCUUGGAUAUGUUCAGUGUGACAGCAGCCAAGAAAUCUCAGGAGGUCGCCACCAACACCAGCUACAGACAACCCUUCCACCACUACACCCUGCUGCCUGAUGCCUUGAACGUGGAGCAUUCCAGGAACGCGAUGCAGAUUCAAAGUGAUAACCUGUACAAAUCCGACUUCACCAACUGGAUGAAAGGAAUCGGCUGGGUGCCCAUAGAGUCACUGGAGGUGGAGAAGGCAAAGAAAGCAGGAGAGAUUCUUAGCGAGAAGAAGUACCGCCAGCACCCUGAGACGCUAAAGUUCACGUACGCCAUGGACACAUUGGAACAAGCACUAAACAGAAGUAACAAACAGAUUAUGAACAAGAGACUCUACAGUGAAAAAUGGAACAAAGACAAGACCACCAUUCACAUCAUGCCUGAUACUCCAGACAUUUUACUCACCAGAGUCAACCAAAUCACCAUGAGUGAUAAACUGUACAAAGCUGGCUGGGAAGAAGAAAAGAAGAAAGGAUAUGACCUGAGGCCUGAUGCCAUCCCAAUAAAGGCUGCAAGAGCCUCCAGAGACAUUGCCAGUGAUUACAAGUACAGGCAAGCCUAUGAACAAGCCAAAGGGAAACACAUUGGCUUCCGGAGCCUAGAGGACGACCCCAAGUUGGUGCACUUCAUGCAAGUGGCCAAGAUGCAGUCAGACCGGGAGUACAAGAAGGCGUACGAGAAAGCCAAGACAUCCUUCCACACCCCGGUGGACAUGCUCAGCAUGGUGGCAGCCAAGAAGUCUCAGGAAGUGGCCACCAACACCAACUACAGGAACGUGAUCCAUACCUACAACAUGCUUCCUGAUGCCAUGAGCUUUGAAUUGGCCAAAAACAUGAUGCAGAUUCAAAGUGAUAAUCAGUACAAAGCUGACUAUGCUGACUACGUGAAGGGCAUUGGAUGGCUCCCUCUGGGCUCCCUGGAGGCUGAGAAAAACAAGAAAGCCAUGGAGCUUAUCAGUGAAAAGAAGUACCGCCAACACCCAGACACUUUGAAGUAUUCCACCUUGAUGGACUCAGUGAACAUGGUUUUGGCCAAGAAUAAUGCAAAAAUUAUGAACGAACACCUCUACAAACAAGCAUGGGAGGCUGACAAGACCAAAGUCCACAUCAUGUCUGAUAUCCCCCAGAUUAUUCUGGCAAAGGCAAAUACAAUUAAUAUGAGUGAUAAACUCUACAAACUUUCUUUGGAAGAGUCUAAAAAGAAAGGCUAUGAUCUCAGAACUGAUGCCAUUCCUAUCAAAGCUGCCAAAGCCUCAAGAGAUAUUGCAAGCGAUUAUAAAUACAAACACAAUUAUGAAAAGGAGAGGGGGAAGAUGGUUGGUUUCCGCAGUCUUGAGGAUGAUCCCAAAUUAGUCCAUUCCAUGCAAGUGGCCAAGAUGCAGUCUGAUCGGGAGUACAAGAAAAACUAUGAGAAAACCAAGACCAGCUACCACACCCCUGCCGACAUGCUCAGUGUCACGGCCGCCAAGGAUGCCCAAGCCAACAUCACCAACACCAACUACAAGCACCUGAUUCACAGUUACUUCCUCCCUCCAGACUCCAUGAACAUCCAGCUGUCCAAGAAUAUGAAUCACAUACAGAGUGAUAAUGUAUAUAAGCAUGACUACAAUGAAUGGUUCAAAGGGCUUGGCUGGAGUCCAGCUGGUUCCCUAGAAGUGGAGAAGGCCAAGAAAGCAACUGAAAAUGCCAGUGAUCAGAAAUACCGCCAGCACCCUAGCAACUUCCAGUUUAAGAAGCUGAAUGACUCCAUGGACAUGGUUCUUGCCAAGCAGAAUACGCAUACCAUGAACAAGUACCUAUACACCGUUGAUUGGAACAAAGAUAAAACCAAGACUCAUGUGAUGCCAGAUACACCAGAUAUUUUACAAGCCAAGCAAAAUCAAACACACUACAGUCAGAAACUCUAUAAACUUGGAUGGGAAGAAGCUUUGAAGAAAGGCUAUGAUCUCCCAGUUGAUGCAAUUUCUGUACAAUUGGCCAAAGCUUCAAGAGACAUUGCUAGUGAUUUUAAAUAUAAACAAGGCUACCGCAAGCAAGUCGGCCACCAUAUUGGAUUCCGGAGUCUGCAAGAUGAUCCAAAGCUUGUGUUGUCCAUGAACAUAGCCAAAAUGCAGAGUGAAAGGGAAUACAAGAAGGACUUUGAGAAGUGGAAGACCAAGUUCAGCAGCCCAGUGGACAUGUUGGGAGUGGUGCUGGCCAAGAAGUGCCAGACUUUGGUCAGUGACAUAGACUACAAGAAUUACCUGCACCAGUGGACCUGCCUGCCCGACCAGAGUGACGUUGUUCAAGCUAAAAAGGCUUAUGAACUACAGAGUGAGAAUUUGUAUAAGUCUGACCUUGAGUGGCUGAGAGGCAUAGGAUGGAGUCCCCUGGGUUCUUUGGAGGUAGAAAAGAACAAACGGGUUUCAAACAUCAUCAGUGAGAAGAAAUAUCGCCAGCCUCCAGACAGAAACAAGUUCACCAGCAUUCCUGAUGCCCUGGACAUAGUUCUGGCAAAGACAAAUGCCAGAAAUAGGAGUGAUAGACUUUAUAGAGAAGCUUGGGACAAGGACAAGACUCAAAUCCACAUCAUGCCUGAUACACCUGGCAUUAUUCUGGCUAAAGCAAACUUAAUCAAUACAAGUGAUAAACACUACCGAAUGGGUUAUGAGGAGCUGAAGAAAAAAGGUUACGAUCUUCCCGUUGAUGCCAUAUCACUCAAAGCAGCAAAAGCAUCCCGAGAAAUUGCCAGCGAAUACAAGUACAAGGAAGGUUUUCGCAAGCAGCUUGGCCACCACAUUGGUGCCCGAGAGAUACGUGACGACCCCAAGAUGAUGUGGUCCAUGCAUGUGGCCAAGAUCCAGAGUGACAGGGAGUACAAGAAGGACUUUGAGAAGUGGAAGACCAAGUUCAGCAGCCCAGUGGACAUGCUGGGGGUGGUGCUGGCCAAGAAGUGCCAGACCUUGGUCAGUGACAUAGACUACAAGAACUACCUGCACCAGUGGACGUGCCUGCCCGACGAGACUGACGUCAUGCACGCUCGGCGGGCCUACGACCUCCAGAGCGAUAAUGUGUACAAGUCAGAUCUCCAGUGGCUGAGAGGCAUCGGCUGGGUUCCCAUUGGCUCUUUGGAUGUGGAAAAAUGCAAAAGGGCAACUGAAAUUUUGAGUGAUAAAAUCUAUCGCCAACCUCCAGACCAAUUCAGGUUUACCAGUGUGACUGAUUCUCCGGAACAAGUGUUGGCCAAGAACAACGCCAUCACUAUGAACAAGCGUUUAUAUACGGAAGCCUGGGACAAAGACAAGACCCAGGUCCACAUCACAGCAGACACACCAGAAAUUACGCAGGCGAGAAUUAACAAAAUCAACUACAGUGAGAGUCGGUAUAAACUCGCCAACGAAGAAGCAAAGAAGAAAGGCUACGACUUGCGAAGUGAUGCCAUCCCGAUCGUGGCAGCCAAGGCCUCCAGGGACAUCAUCAGUGAUUACAAAUACAAAGAUGGUUACCGCAAGCAGCUUGGCCAUCACGUUGGAGCCCGGGACGUGAAGGAUGACCCUAAGAUGAUGUGGUCCAUGCAUGUGGCCAAGAUCCAGAGUGACAGGGAGUACAAGAAGGACUUUGAGAAGUGGAAGACCAAGUUCAGCAGCCCAGUGGACAUGCUGGGGAUGGUGCAGGCCAAGAAGUGCCAGACCUUGGUCAGUGACAUGGACUACAAGAACUACCUGCACCAGUGGACGUGCCUGCCCGACCAGACUGACGUCAUGCACGCUCGGCAGGCCUACAACCUCCAGAGCGACAAUUUGUACAAGGCCGACCUUCAGUGGCUCAGAGGCAUUGGCUGGUUACCUAGUGGCUCUCUUGAGGAUGAGAGGAACAAGAGAGCUACCCAGAUUUUGAGUGACCAUGUUUACCGUCAGCACCCAGAUAAAUUCACGUUUUCCAGCCUUAUGGACUCCAUCCCAAUGGUUUUGGCAAAAAACAAUGCUAUUACCAUGAACCACCAUCUCUAUACAGAAGCUUGGGAUAAAGAUAAAACCACUGUCCACAUUAUGCCAGACACCCCUGAAGUUUUACUCGCUAAGCAAAACAAAAUAAAUUACAGUGAGAAACUCUAUAAACUUGGCCUAGAAGAAGCCAAGAAGAAAGGCUAUGAUAUGCGGAUAGAUGCCAUUCCCAUCAGGGUGGCCAAGGCCUCCAGAGACAUUGCAAGUGAAUUCAAAUACAAAGAAGAUUAUCGUAAGCAGCUUGGCCAUCACAUUGGUGCCCGAGCGAUACAUGACGACCCCAAGAUGAUGUGGUCCAUGCAUGUGGCCAAGAUCCAGAGUGACAGGGAGUACAAGAAGGACUUUGAGAAGUGGAAGACCAAGUUCAGCAGCCCAGUGGACAUGCUGGGGGUGGUGCUGGCCAAGAAGUGCCAGACCUUGGUCAGUGACAUAGACUACAAGAACUACCUGCACCAGUGGACGUGCCUGCCCGACGAGACUGACGUCAUGCACGCUCGGCGGGCCUACGACCUCCAGAGCGAUAAUGUGUACAAGUCAGAUCUCCAGUGGCUGAGAGGCAUCGGCUGGGUUCCCAUUGGCUCUUUGGAUGUGGAAAAAUGCAAAAGGGCAACUGAAAUUUUGAGUGAUAAAAUCUAUCGCCAACCUCCAGACCAAUUCAGGUUUACCAGUGUGACUGAUUCUCCGGAACAAGUGUUGGCCAAGAACAACGCCAUCACUAUGAACAAGCGUUUAUAUACGGAAGCCUGGGACAAAGACAAGACCCAGGUCCACAUCACAGCAGACACACCAGAAAUUACGCAGGCGAGAAUUAACAAAAUCAACUACAGUGAGAGUCGGUAUAAACUCGCCAACGAAGAAGCAAAGAAGAAAGGCUACGACUUGCGAAGUGAUGCCAUUCCGAUCGUGGCAGCCAAGGCCUCCAGGGACAUCAUCAGUGAUUACAAAUACAAAGAUGGUUACCGCAAGCAGCUUGGCCAUCACGUUGGAGCCCGGGACGUGAAGGAUGACCCUAAGAUGAUGUGGUCCAUGCAUGUGGCCAAGAUCCAGAGUGACAGGGAGUACAAGAAGGACUUUGAGAAGUGGAAGACCAAGUUCAGCAGCCCAGUGGACAUGCUGGGGAUGGUGCAGGCCAAGAAGUGCCAGACCUUGGUCAGUGACAUGGACUACAAGAACUACCUGCACCAGUGGACGUGCCUGCCCGACCAAACUGACAUCAUGCACGCUCGGCAGGCCUACAACCUCCAGAGUGACAAUGUUUACAAGUCUGAUCUCCAGUGGCUGAGAGGCAUUGGCUGGGUCCCCAUUGGGUCUGUGGAUGUGGUCAGGUGCAAGAGAGCUGCAGAGAUACUGAGUGACAACAUCUACCGCCAGUGUCCAGACAAGCUGAAGUUUACCAGUGUGGCUGAUUCUCUGGAACAGGUGCUGGCCAAGAACAAUGCCAUCAACAUGAACAAGCACUUAUACACAGAGGCCUGGGACAAAGACAAGACUCAAAUUCAUAUAAUGCCUGAUACCCCGGAGAUCAUGUUGGCGAGGCAGAACAAGCUCAACUACAGUGAGACUCUGUAUAAACUCGCCAAUGAAGAAGCAAAGAAGAAAGGCUAUGACUUGCGAAGCGAUGCCAUCCCCAUCGUGGCAGCCAAGGCCUCCAGGGACAUCGUCAGUGAUUACAAAUACAAAGAUGGUUACCGCAAGCAGCUUGGCCAUCACGUUGGAGCCCGGGACGUGAAGGAUGACCCUAAGAUGAUGUGGUCCAUGCAUGUGGCCAAGAUGCAGAGUGACAGGGAGUACAAGAAGGACUUUGAGAAGUGGAAGACCAAGUUCAGCAGCCCAGUGGACAUGCUGGGGAUGGUGCAGGCCAAGAAGUGCCAGACCUUGGUCAGUGACAUGGACUACAAGAACUACCUGCACCAGUGGACGUGCCUGCCCGACCAGAACGAUGUCAUGCACGCUCGGCAGGCCUACGACCUCCAGAGCGACAACAUUUAUAAAUCAGAUCUCCAGUGGCUGAGAGGCAUUGGCUGGGUCCCCAUUGGGUCUGUGGAUGUGGUCAGGUGCAAGAGAGCUGCAGAAAUAUUGAGUGACAACACCUACCGCCAGUGUCCAGACAAGCUGAAGUUUACCAGUGUGGCUGAUUCCCUGGAACAGGUGCUGGCCAAGAACAACGCCAUCACUAUGAGCAAGCGCUUAUACACAGAAGCCUGGGACAAUGACAAGACCCAAAUCCACAUGAUGCCUGAUACACCUGAAAUUAUGUUGGCGAGACAAAAUAAAAUAAAUUAUAGUGAGAACCUCUAUCGCCAGGCCAUGGAAGAAGCCAAGAAAGAAGGCUAUGACUUAAGAAGUGACGCCAUUCCCAUCGUGGCUGCCAAGGCCUCCCGGGAUAUUGCCAGUGACUACAAAUACAAAGAAACUUAUCGUAAGCAGUUGGGUCACCAUAUUGGUGCCCGGAUGAUACAUGAUGACCCCAAGAUGAUGUGGUCCCUUCACGUUGCCAAAAUGCAGAGUGACCGUGAGUACAAGAAAGAUUUUGAAAAAUAUAAGACCAGGUUCAGCAGCCCAGUGGACACGCUUGGUAUCGUUUUGGCCAAGAAAUGUCAGACUUUGGUCAGUGAUGUGGACUAUAAACAUCCUCUGCAUGAGUGGACCUGCCUGCCCGACCAGAGUGAUGUUAUCCAUGCUCGGAAAGCCUAUGACCUCCAGAGUGAUAAUUUGUAUAAGUCAGACCUUGAAUGGAUGAAAGGCAUUGGCUGGGUUCCAAUUGGCUCCGUGGAAAUAGUUAAAGCCAAGAGGGCCGGAGAGAUACUGAGUGAUAACAUCUACCGCCAGCGUCCAGACACACUGAAAUUUACCAGCAUAACUGACUCUCCGGAGCAGGUGCUGGCAAAGAACAAUGCGAUAAACAUGAGUAAGCAUUUAUAUACUGAAGCCUGGGACAAUGACAAGAAAACAAUCCAUGUCAUGCCUGAUACACCAGAAAUCAUGCUAGCCAAACUCAACCGAAUAAACUACAGUGAUAAACUCUAUAAACUUGCUUUGGAAGAGUCAAAGAAGGAAGGCUAUGACUUGCGCGUGGAUGCCAUUCCAAUCCAAGCAGCCAAGGCAUCAAGAAAUAUUGCUAGUGAUUACAAGUACAAGGAAGACUACCGUAAACAGCUUGGCCACCACAUUGGGGCCCGAAAUGUUAAGGAUGACACCAAGAUGAUGUGGUCCAUCCACAUGGCCAAGAUCCAGAGUGACCGGCAGUACAAGAAGGACUUUGAGAAUUGGAAGACCAAGUUCAGUAGCCCAGUGGACAUGCUGGGAGUGGUGCUGGCCAAGAAGUGCCAGAUCCUUGUAAGCAACAUAGACUACAAGAAACCCCUUCAUGAAUGGACCUGUCUGCCUGAUCAGAAUGACAUCAUUCAAGCUCGGAAGGCCUAUGACCUUCAGAGUGAUGCUAUUUACAAGGCUGAUCGUGAGUGGCUGAGAGGCAUUGGGUGGGUGCCCAUUGGCUCUGUGGGGGUCGAGAAUGUGAAGAGAGCGGGAGAAAUCCUGAGUGACAGGAAGUACCGCCAGCCUGCAGACCAGCUCAAGUUCACAUCCAUUACAGACACCCCAGAGAUUGUCCUGGCAAAGAAUAAUGCCCUGACCAUGAGCAAGCAUUUAUAUACAGAAGCCUGGGAUACUGACAAAACCUCCAUCCACGUGAUGCCGGACACCCCAGAAAUCAUGCUGGCCAAGAGCAAUUCUGCCAAUAUCAGCCAAAAACUUUACACCAAGGGAUGGGAUGAAUCAAAGAUGAAGGACUAUGAUCUGAGAGCUGAUGCUAUUCUCAUCAAGAGUGCCAAGGCCUCGAGGGACAUUGCCAGUGACUACAAAUACAAAGAAGCAUAUGAGAAACAGAAAGGCCACCACAUUGGAGCCCGGAACGUUGAAGAUGACCCCAAGAUUAUGUGUGCCAUACAUGCAGGGAAGAUUCAAAGUGAAAGAGAGUAUAAGAAGGAUUUCCAGAAGUGGAAGACCAAGUUCAGUAGCCCAGUGGACAUGUUAGGCAUCUUGCUAGCCAAGAAAUGUCAGAUUCUGGUCAGUGACGUUGAUUAUCGAAAUUACCUGCAUCACUGGACGUGCUUACCUGAUCAAAACGACAUUAUCCAAGCAAGGAAGGCCUAUGAACUACAGAGUGAUAAUGUGUACAAAGCAGACCUGGAGUGGCUGCGUGGCAUUGGCUGGAUGCCAGAAGGCUCAGUAGAAAUGACCAGGGUGAAGGGUGCUCAACACCUGCUGAAUGAAAGACUCUACAGGACACGCCCAGAAGCCUUGAAAUUCACUUCCAUUGUCGACACGCCAGCGGUUGUCCUGGCAAAAGCCAAUUCUCUGCAAAUGAGUGAGAAACUAUAUCAAGAAGCCUGGAAUAAAGAUAAAAGCAACAUAAGCAUUCCUUCUGACAUGCCAGUCAUAUUGCAGGCCCAAAUCAAUGCCAUGCAAAUCAGCAAUAAACUCUACCAGAAAGACUGGGAUGAGGCCAAGCAGAAAGGCUAUGACUUGAGAGCAGAUGCCAUUGAAAUCAAGCAUGCCAAAGCCUCCAGAGAAAUUGCCAGUGAGUACAAAUACAAAGAAGGUUACCGUAAGCAACUGGGCCACUACGUGGGUUUCCGCAGCCUACAAGAUGACCCCAAAUUGGUAUGGUCUAUGCAUGCUGCCAAAAUCCAGAGUGACAGAGAAUACAAGAAAGCUUAUGAGAAGUCUAAAGAAAUCCACACUACACCGUUGGACAUGAUGUCCAUUGUUCAGGCCAAGAAAUGCCAGGUUCUGGUUAGCGACAUUGAUUAUCGCAAUUAUCUGCACCAGUGGACGUGUCUGCCAGACCAGAAUGAUAUGAUCCAGGCGAAGAAAGCCUACGAACUGCAGAGCGAUAACGUGUACAAAUCCGACCUGGAAUGGCUGAAGGGUAUUGGAUGGUUGCCAGAGGGUUCCGUGGAAGUGAUGAGAGUAAAGAAUGCCCAGAAUCUCCUGAAUGAAAGGUUGUAUCGCACAAGGCCUGAGGCCCUCAAAUUCACCAGCAUUGUUGAUACCCCUGAAGUUAUUCUGGCAAAGAUCAAUGCUGUACAGAUCAGUGAGCCAUUGUAUCGUGAUGCCUGGGACAAAGAGAAGGCAAAUGUGAAUGUACCAGCUGACACUCCAUUGAUGCUGCAGUCCAAGAUCAACACCAUGCAGAUCAGCAAUAAACAGUAUCAGCAAGCUUGGGAAGAUGUCAAGAUGACCGGCUAUGACCUGAGAGCAGAUGCCAUCGGGAUCCGGCAUGCCAAGGCUUCCAGGGAUAUUGCCAGUGAUUAUCUAUACAAAACUGCUUACGAGAAACAGAAGGGUCAUUACGUUGGGUGUCGCAAUGCCAAGGAAGAUCCUAAACUGGUCUGGGCAGCACAUGUGUUGAAGAUGCAGAAUGACAGGCUGUACAAAAAGGCCUACAAUGACCACAAGGCCAAGAUCACCAUCCCGACAGACAUGGUGUCCAUCAAUGCUGCCAAAGAAGGCCAGGCAUUAGCAAGCGAUGUGGACUAUCGCCACUACCUACACCAGUGGUCUUGCUUUCCUGACCAGAAUGAUGUGAUCCAAGCCAGGAAAGCCUAUGACCUGCAGAGUGAUGCCAUCUAUAAGGCUGACUUAGAGUGGCUGCGUGGCAUCGGCUGGGUGCCCAUAGGGUCUCCCGAAGUACUGAGAGUGAAAAAUGCCCAACAUAUCCUACAAGACAGUGUCUAUCGGACACCUGUAGUGAAACUCAAGUACACAAGUAUCGUUGACACACCUGAAGUUGUCCUUGCUAAAUCAAAUGCUGAAAAUAUUAGUAUUCCAAAGUACAGAGAAGCUUGGGACAUGGAUAAAACUUCAAUCCACAUAAUGCCAGAUACUCCAGAAAUUAAUCGCGCUAGAGCCAACGCUCUUAAUGUGAGCGAUAAAAUUUACCGCGAAGGUUGGGAUGCGAUGAAGAUGAGCUGUGAUGUACGGCUGGAUGCCAUCCCCAUCCAGGCCGCCAAGGCCUCCAGGGAGAUCGCCAGUGAUUAUAAAUACAAGCUUGACCAUGAGAAGCAGAAGGGACACUACGUGGGUACCCUCACAGCCAGGGAUGACAACAAGAUCCACUGGGCCCUCAUAGCUGGCAAGAUUCAGAAUGAAAGAGAAUACCGGCUGCACUGGGCCAAGUGGAAGUCUAAGUUCCAGAGCCCUCCGGAUAUGCUUUCCAUCACGCACUCUAAACAUUGCCAGGCUCUGGUCAGCGACAUUGAUUAUCGCAAUUACCUUCACCAGUGGAUGUGCGUGCCUGACCAGCGCGACGUGAUUCAGGCCAGGAAAGCCUACGAUCUGCAAAGCGAUGCUAUUUACAAGGCUGACUUAGAAUGGUUACGUGGGAUCGGCUGGAUGCCAAAUGAUUCUGUUUCUGUCAAUCAUGCCAAGCACGCUGCAGAUAUCUUCAGUGAGAAAAAAUAUCGCACAAAAAUAGAAACUCUCAACUUUACUCCCGUGGAUGACAGAGUUGAUUACGUGACGGCAAAACAAAGUGGUGAAAUCCUAAAUGAUAUUAAAUACCGAAAAGAUUGGAAUGACACCAAAUCAAAGUACACCCUCACAGAAACCCCUCAGCUGCAUGCUGCCCAGGAGGCGGCCCGAAUACUGGACCAGUAUCUCUACAAGGAAAGCUGGGAGAAACAAAAAGCCACCAGUUACAUUUUGCCUCCGGAUGCUGUGCCGUUUGUUCACGCCCAUCACUCUAGGGACGUUCAGAGCGAGCUGAAAUACAAAGCUGACCAUGUCAAGCAGAAAGGUCAUUAUGUUGGUGUCCCGACAAUGAGAGAUGAUCCUAAACUGGUUUGGUUCGAGCACGCAGGCCAGAUUCAGAACGACAGACUAUACAAAGAGCACUAUCAUAAAACAAAGGGCAGAAUCAAUAUACCUCCUGAUAUGGUGUCGGUGUUGGCGGCCAAGGAGGGGCAGGCCCUUGUCAGUGAUAUUGAUUACCGCAAUUACGUGCACCAAUGGACGUGUCACCCUGACCAAAAUGAUGUUAUUCAGGCAAGGAAGGCCUAUGACCUACAAAGCGAUAAUGUCUACAAAGCUGACCUGGAGUGGCUCCGAGGCAUUGGUUGGAUCCCCCUGGAUUCUGUAGACCAUGUGAGGGUUACCAAGAACCAGGAAAUGGUGACUCAGAUAAAAUAUAAGAAAGAUGCUCUUGCCAACUAUCCUAACUUUACAAGCGUGGUGGAUCCUCCAGAGAUUGUUCUGGCCAAGAUUAACUCAGUCAAUCAAAGUGAUGUAAAAUAUAAAGAAACAUUUAAUAAAUUAAUAAAGGGCAAGUAUACCUUUUCUCCAGAUACACCAUAUAUCACCCAUUCCAAAGACAUGGGAAAACUCUACAGUACCAUACUGUAUAAAGGAGCAUGGGAGGGAACCAAGGCCUAUGGCUACACCUUAGACGAACGCUAUAUUCCCAUUGUUGGAGCCAAGCAUGCCGACUUUGUGAACAGUGAGCUUAAAUACAAAGAGACCUAUGAGAAGCUGAAGGGUCACUACCUGGCUGGAAAAGAAAUCAGUGAGUUCCCCAACGUGGUUCACAGUCUGGAUUUCCAAAAGAUGAGGAGUGCGUUGAACUACAGAAGACAUUAUGAGGACACCAAAGCAAAUGUUCAUAUCCCCAAUGAUAUGAUGAAUCAUGUGCUGGCUAAAAGGUGCCAGUACAUCCUCAGUGACCUGGAGUACCGACACUACUUCCACCACUGGACAUCUCUUCCAGAAGAACCCAAUGUUAUUCGGGUCCAAAACGCGCAGGAGAUCUUGAGUGAUAAUGUGUAUAAAAGUGACUUGAAUUGGCUGAAAGGCAUUGGAUGCUACGUUUGGGAUACACCCCAGAUCCUCCAUGCCAAGAAAUCAUAUGACCUCCAGAGUCAGAUACAAUACACGGCAGCAGGUAAAGAAAAUCUAAAAAAUUAUAACCUGGUCACAGAUACACCGCUUUACGUGACUGCUCUUCAAAGCGGCAUUAAUGCCAGUGAGGUGAAAUAUAAAGAAAAUUAUCAUCAGAUUAAAGACAAAUAUACGACAGUUCUAGAAACGGUGGAUUAUGACAGAACCAAGAAUCUGAAGGAUCUGUAUAGCAGUAACCUGUACAAGGAGGCCUGGGAUAAAGUGAAAGCCACCAGCUAUACCCUGCCUUCCAACACCGUGUCCCUGACACACGUCAAGAACCAGAAGCAUCUGGCCAGCCAUAGCAAAUAUCGGGAAGAAUAUGAAAAGUUCAAAGCUCUUUAUACUUUACCCAAAAGUGUUGAAGAUGAUCUGAACACAGCACGGUGCCUCCGAGUUGGCAAGUUUAACAUCGAUCGCCUGUACAGAUCUGUUUAUGAGAAGAACAAGAUGAAAAUCCACAUGGUGCCCGACAUGGUAGAGAUGGUUACCGCUAAGGAUUCUCAGAAGAAAGUCAGUGAGAUCGAUUACCGCCUUCACCUCCACGAGUGGACUUGCCACCCUAACUUGCAAGUCAACAGUCACGUCAGGAAGGUCACAGACGAGAUCAGCAACAUUGUGUACAAAGAUGAUCUCAACUGGCUGAAAGGCACCGGUUGCUACGUCUGGGACACUCCUGAGAUUCUCCAUGCCAAGCAUGCUUACGAUCUACGCGAUGAUAUCAAGUACAAAGCUCACGCGCAGAAAACAAGGAAUAACUACAAGCUGGUUACUGACACUCCCAUCUACGUUCAGGCUGUCCAAAGUGGGAAACAACUAAGUGACGCCGUCUACCACCAUGACUACGUGCACAGCGUCAGAGGCAAAGUGGCUCCAACCACAAAAACUGUGGAUCUGGACCGGGCCCUUCAUGCACACAAGCUCCAGAGUGAGAAUCUGUACCGAAGAGCUGGCCUGCACUCCCUGCCCACUGGAUAUAGGCUUCCGGUUGACACCCCUCACUUCAAACACACCAAGGACACCCAAUACAUGAGCAGCUAUUUCAAGUACAAAGAAGUUUAUGAACACAUGAAGGCAAAUGGGUAUACCCUUGGACCCAAUGACGUCCCAUUUGUCAAUGUCCGAAGGGUCAACAACGUUACCAGUGAGAGACUGUAUCGACAGUUGUACCACAAACUGAAAGACAAGAUCCACACAACUCCCGACACACCUGAAAUCCGCCAAGUCAGGAAGACACAAGAGGCUGUCAGCGAGUUGAUUUACAAAUCAGACUUCUUCAAGAUGCAAGGCCACAUGAUCUCUCUGCCAUACACACCCCACGUGCUCCAUUGCCGCUACGUGGGAGACAUCACCAGUGAUAUUAAAUACAAAGAAGACUUGCAGAUCCUGAGGGGACUGGGCUGUUUCCUGUAUGACACUCCUGACAUGGUCCGCUCCCGGCACCUGCGGAAGCUCUGGUCUAAUUACCUAUACACCGAUAAUGCAAGGAAGAUGCGAGACAAAUACAAAGUGGUGCUUGACACUCCAGAAUACAGAAAAGUGCAGGAAUUGAAGACACAUCUGAGUGAACUGGUGUACAGAGCUGCAGGCAAGAAGCAGAAGUCAAUCUUCACUUCAGUUCCUGAUACUCCUGACCUUAUAAGAGCCAAGCGAGGGCAGAAGCUUCAGAGCCAGUAUCUGUAUGUUGAACUUGCCACCAAAGAGAGACCACAUCAUCAUGCUGGAAACCAGACCACAGCCUUGAAGCAUGCUAAAGACGUGAAGGACAUGGUCAGUGAGAAAAAGUACAAAAUUCAAUACGAAAAGAUGAAGGACAAGUACACUCCAGUUCCAGAUACGCCAAUCCUCAUCAGAGCCAAGAAGGCUUACUGGAAUGCCAGUGAUCUUCGCUAUAAAGAAACAUUUCAGAAGACCAAAGGGAAAUACCACACUGUGAAGGAUGCUCUAGACAUCGUUUAUCAUCGCACAGUCACAGACCACAUCAGUAAAAUAAAAUACAAGGAGAACUACAUGAGCCAGCUGGGAGUCUGGAGGUCCAUUCCUGAUCGCCCUGAGCAUUUCCACCAUCGAGCAGUCACUGAUGCAGUCAGUGAUGUAAAAUAUAAAGAAGAUUUGACCUGGCUUAAAGGCAUCGGUUGCUAUGCCUUUGAUACCCCCGACUUCACUCUGGCUGAAAAGAACAAGACUCUCUACAGCAAGUAUAAGUAUAAAGAGGUAUUUGAAAGGACGAAGUCAGAUUUCAAGUAUGUUGCUGAUUGUCCAAUCAAUAGGCAUUUCAAGUUUGCAACUCAGUUGAUGAAUGAGAGAAAAUAUAAAUCUAGUGCCAAGAUGCUUCUGAAACAAGGAUGUAAUGAAAUUCUGCGUCCAGAUAUGUUGACUGCCCUCUACAACACAUACAUGUGGAGCCAGAUCAAGUACAGGAAAAAUUAUGAAGAAACAAAGGACAAGUUUACCUCAGUUGUGGAUACUCCAGAACACCUACGUACUACAAAAGUCAACAAACAAAUUAGUGAUAUACUGUAUAAGCUGGAAUACAACAAGGCCAGACCCAGAGGCUACACCACAAUCCACGACACGCCCAUGUUGCUGCAUGUCCAAAAGGUCAAAGAUGAAGUCAGUGAUCUGAAAUACAAAGAAGUUUACCAGAGAACUAAGUCCAACUGUACUAUUGAGCCUGAUGCUGUUCAUAUCAAAGCAGCCAAGGAUGCCUACAAAGUCAACACCAAUCUGGAUUACAAGAAGCAGUAUGAAGCCAACAAAGCCCACUGGAGAUGGAUCCCUGACCGACCGGACUUCAUCCAGGCCGCCAAGUCAUCCCUACAGCAAAGCGAUUUUGAAUACAAGCUGGACCGGGAGUUCCUCAAGGGUUGCAAGCUUUCUGUCACUGAUGAUAAAGACAUGGUGCUGGCCCUGAAGAAUUCUAUAAUAGAAAGUGAUCUGAAAUACAAACAGAAACAUGUCAAGGAAAGAGGAACCUGCCAUGCCGUGCCCGAUACGCCUCAGAUCCUCCUGGCAAAGGCAGUCAGCAAUCUGGUGUCUGAGAACAAGUACAAGCGGCAUGUGAAGAAGCACUUGGCUCAGGGCUCAUACACAACACUGCCGGAGACGCGGGACACCAUUCAUGUCAAGGAAGUGACCAGGAACGUCAGUGAUACAAAUUACAAGGAGAAGUUUGUCAAGGAGAAAGGAAAAUCCAACUACUCCAUCAUGCUGGAGCCCCCAGAGGUGAAACACGCUAUGGAGGUGGCCAAGAAGCAGAGUAAUGUCGCUUACAAAAAAGAUGCUAAAGAAAACCUGCAUUACACAACAGUGGCCGAUCGGCCAGACAUCAAGAAGGCCACGCAGGCAGCCAAACAGGCCAGCGAGGUGGAGUACAGAGCCAAGCACCGCAAGGAAGGCAGCCACGGGCUAAGCAUGCUUGGUCGCCCAGACAUUGAAAUGGCCAAGAAGGCAGCCAAGCUGAGCAGCCAGAUUAAAUACCGAGAAAAUUUCAACAAAGAGAAGGGCAAGAGACCAAAAUACAAUCCAAGAGACAGCCAGCUCUUCAAAAUCAUGAAAGAUGCUAAUAAUCUCACAAGUGAGGUUAAGUAUAAGGCUGACUUGAAGAAACUUCACAAACCUGUGACUGACAUGAAGGAAUCUUUGAUAAUGAAUCAUGUCUUGAAUACAAGCCAACUCGCCAGUUCUUACCAGUACAAGAAGAACUAUGAGAAGAGUAAAGGCCACUACCACACAAUACCUGACAAUCUGGAGCAGCUUCAUCUAAAAGAGGCCACAGAAUUACAGAGUAUAGUGAAAUACAAAGAAAAGUAUGAAAAGGAACGAGGAAAGCCCAUGUUGGACUUUGAAACACCAACAUACAUCACUGCCAAAGAGUCUCAGCAGAUGCAGAGUGGGAAAGAAUAUAAGAAAGAUUAUGAAGAGUCCAUUAAAGGCAGAAACCUGAUUGGCCUGGAGGUCACGCCAGCUUUAUUACAUGUCAAAUAUGCAACCAAAAUAGCCAGCGAGAAAGAGUACAAGAAAGAUCUAGAGGAAAGCAUCCGUGGGAAGGGUCUCAGUGAAAUGGAAGAUACGCCCGACAUGCUAAGAGCAAAGAAUGCCACUCAGAUCCUCAAUGAGAAAGAAUAUAAGAGAGACCUGGAGCUGGAAGUCAAAGGAAGAGGCCUGAAUGCCAUGGCCAAUGAAACUCCCGACUUCCUCAGAGCCAGGAAUGCUACAGAUAUUGCCAGUCAGAUUAAGUAUAAGCAAUCAGCAGAAAUGGAAAAAGCCAAUUUUACUUCUGUGGUUGAUACUCCGGAGAUCAUUCAUGCCCAACAAGUCAAGAACCUUUCAAGCCAGAAAAAGUACAAGGAAGAUGCAGAGAAGUGCAUGUCAUGUUAUGAGACCGUUUUGGACACCCCAGAGAUGCAGAGGAUCCGGGAGAACCAAAAGAACUUCAGCCUUCUUCAAUACCAGUGUGACCUUAAAAACAAUAAAGGAAAAAUUACAGUUGUUCAAGACACGCCAGAAAUACUGCGUGUUAAAGAAAAUCAAAAGAAUUUCAGCUCGGUUUUAUAUAAAGAAGAUGUCUCACCAGGAACGGCGAUUGGAAAGACACCUGAGAUGAUGAGAGUGAAGCAAACCCAGGACCAUAUUAGCUCGGUGAAGUAUAAGGAGGCGGUUGGACAAGGAACCCCCAUCCCAGACCUGCCUGAAGUGAAGCGCGUCAAGGAGACACAGAAGCACAUCAGCUCGGUUUUGUACAAAGAAAACUUGGGAACAGGCAUUCCAACCCCUGUCACUCCAGAGAUUGAGAGAGUCAAACGCAAUCAAGAGAACUUUAGCUCGGUUUUGUACAAAGAAAAUCUGGGGAAAGGAACCCCAACCCCUGUCACUCCAGAGAUGGAGAGAGUCAAACGCAAUCAAGAGAACUUUAGCUCGAUUCUGUACAAAGAGAACUUGAGCAAGGGGACUCCUCUCCCUGUCACUCCCGAGAUGGAGCGGGUCAAGCACAACCAGGAGAACUUUAGCUCGGUGUUGUAUAAAGAAAACAUCGGGAAAGGGAUUCCAGUUCCCAUCACUCCAGAGAUGGAGAGGGUCAAACACAAUCAAGAAAACUUUAGUUCGGUGCUAUACAAAGAAAACCUGGGCACAGGGAUCCCAAUCUCCAUCACUCCAGAGAUGCAGAGAGUCAAACUCAAUCAAAAGAACCUUAGCUCGGUGUUAUACAAAGAAAACAUGGGCAAGGGAACCUCUUUACCUGUCACUCCAGAGAUGGAGAGAGUCAAACACAAUCAAGAAAAUAUUAGCUCGGUUUUGUACAAAGAAAAUGUGGGGAAAGGCACCCCAAUCCUUGUCACUCCAGAGAUGCAGAGAGUCAAACGCAAUCAAGAGAACAUUAGCUCGGUGUUAUACAAAGAGAACCUGGGGAAAGCUACCCCCGCACUCUUUACUCCCGAGAUGGAAAGAGUCAAACGCAAUCAAGAAAACGUUAGCUCGGUAUUGUACAAAGAGAAUAUGAGAAAAGCAACUCCGACACCGGUCACUCCAGAGAUGGAGAGAGCUAAGCGCAACCAAGAAAACAUUAGCUCGGUGCUUUAUUCUGAUAGCUUCCGGAAACAAAUACAAGGCAAAGCUGCCUAUGUCUUGGACACGCCAGAGAUGAGACGGGUGAGGGAGACCCAACGCCACAUCUCAACGGUGAGUCAGGAAUUCCUCAGAUUGGGUGGGCGGCCUGUUGGAACACGUAAAAAAGGAAAUGAUCACACCAUCCUAUUUUCACCAAGUGAAUUCAUGAAAUUUCAGGUGAAAUAUCAUGAAGACUUCGAGAAACACAAGGGUUGCUUCACACCAGUGGUGACAGACCCCAUCACUGAACGAGUAAAGAAGAACACACAGGACUUCAGUGACAUUAACUACCGAGGUAUUCAGAGAAAAGUGGUAGAAAUGGAACAAAAACGGAAUGACCAGGAUCAGGAAACUACUACAGGUUUACGUGUCUGGCGUACAAAUCCUGGCUCAGUUUUUGACUAUGAUCCAGCAGAAGACAACAUUCAGUCCCGAAGCUUACACAUGAUUAAUGCACAAGCUCAGCGCCGGAGCCGGGAGCAGUCUCGAUCUGCCAGCGUGCUGAGCAUCAGCGGCGGCGAGGAGAAGUCCGAGCAUUCAGAAGGUGCCCACCUCUCCACCUACAGCGACGGGGGCGUCUUCUUCUCUGCAACCUCACCAGCUUACAAACAUGCUAAAACCACAGAGCUCCCACAGCAACGAUCAUCUUCAGUUGCUACCCAGCAGACAACGGUAUCCUCCAUCCCAUCUCAUCCAUCUACUGCUGGAAAAAUCUUCCGUGCCAUGUAUGACUAUAUGGCUGCAGAUGCAGAUGAGGUGUCCUUCAAAGAUGGAGAUGCCAUUGUAAACGUUCAAGCUGUUGAUGAAGGUUGGAUGUAUGGCACCGUGCAGAGGACUGGCAGGACCGGCAUGCUCCCAGCCAACUAUGUUGAAGCUAUUUAGGAACUUCAAAGCACUGCACCUGUCUACAGCACCUACAAAUCUUGCCGUCAGUAUUUCAGUUUAGACUCUCCACUAUUCCCCGAGUUCUGAAGCUGCCUAGUGGUUUUUGUGUCAAUAUGAUUCAUGGUUGUACCAUCCCUUAACUUGUUUCUAUAUGUACCCCAAUAAUUCACCAGUAAAACAAAGGUUAGUACAACUAAUCUGUCCAAUUAUUAAACUAGACUUCUAUCUUCUGGACUUGCACAUAAAACGAGACAUUAAACCCAUAGGUCUUUUAAUUGCCAUUAUUAAAUUUUCCUUUGGGUUUUAAAAUGUUUAAUUUCAGAAUAGACAUUUUUAAAGUUUCUGCAUUGUUGUUAUUUUAUUGCUGCAUCAACCCAGAAUCUUUCUCCAUUAUGAAAAUGUUUAACAGUAUUUCUUUUCUAAAUCAAGAGUUCUAAACAACAUGUUAAAAACACAUUUUUAAAAAAAUGGCAGAUAUUCACCUUUUCCUUGCUGACUGACUGCUGACAAUCUUAUUUCUAAUCCAGUUCUGAAGUUAGUUAUAAAGCUGAUAGACAAUAUAAACUGGUGUUAAGCUAGUAACUAAUAAAAUCUGCAACAAACACCA